UGGGAUCUGAGGCAGGAUUCAGUGAAGAGACCGAAAAGCUGGGGAUGCAAUUGUUUUCCCUCGGCAGAUCGACAGGGUAACCACUGAAUAUUUCUUAUUUUUGAAUUCCAUUCCGUCAUCAACAAAGGCCUAGACUGCCAGCCGAAAUGUCCGCACCAGCAUCUCUUCACGCAUCGCCAAUUUUCGCAGUUCGCGAAACAGCAGAAUCGGGGCGAGGGGUAUACGCAACUCAAUACAUCCCAAAAGGCACGCUUCUCUUCGAAACUGCGGAGAUUGCAGCCAGUAUUGUGUAUCGCGAAUACUGGAAGGAAGUCUGCGCGCAAUGCUUUCAGUAUGAUAGAGGUCGCAAUUGGAAAAUCAGAAAUGCGAAGACUGGACACGCCUUUUGCAGCGAAAAUUGUCAAGUGAUUUGGCAGAAUGAUGUUGUGACUGAUGAAGUGGCAUCAAUGGCCAUUGAAGGACUAGGAAAGCCCAGGCAAUCCAGCUCGUCAGAUCACGAUCACAAUCCAGCAUACGACCUCCCUCGACCAACAAUACCGGAGAUCGAGUCCGCGUGGGCAGCAGCAGAAGACACGGCGACAAGGAUUCGCACUGCAAGAUCUUCCGCCAAACCGUCAAAACCAGAGCGCCGUCUUCUGACACAGAUACUCGCUAUACCGCCCACACGCGACCUGAUAUUAUAUCAACUGCCAGCCUUACUGACAAUCGCAAAUUCACCGUCUUUGUGGGCUGACGUGCUGAUCCUCGAAUCCGAGUCUGCGCCAUACACUUCACCAGCAGACCUUGAGCUGCAGAUCACCAGUUACCACCACCUCUUAGCUUGCGCACCACUUCCUCUGCUUGGACACAUCACUGCUGAAAAUCUCCGUACCCUAGCAGCAAAGUCAUCGCAUAAUGUCUUCAAUAUAUGGUCGCAAGAUCUUGACGAUGGUGGAAGUGGUGGUAGCGAGUGUCUGGGCUACGGUCUGUGGACAGCAGCGAGCUAUUGGAAUCACAGCUGUGGGCCGAAUAUAUGGAAGAGACGCGAAGGUCGGAUGUGGAAGUUCUGGGCUGAGAGAGAUGUGGCAGAGGGCGAGGCGCUGUGUAUCAGUUACCUGGGAGGUGAUGAGAGGGACAUGACCAGGCAGGAGAGGAGGGACAAGCUAAAGGAGCAUUGGAAGUUUGACUGUGCUUGUUCGAGAUGUCAGGCAGAGGUCAGCUAGAGAUACGUCAGUCAUAUGAAGCCCAUUGACGUGGCUGUCGAUACGACUUCUGCUACGCAGGAAACUGGUUCUUUGAAGCCUGUAGGACGGAAUCUCCUCAACGGGCAAUCUCAACGCUUGGACCACGCCCGCUCCUCUCCGGGAUCGGGUCCGACUCAUCACCGCUCUCUCUUUGCACUGUAAAGACUUUGACAUCCUCUCCGUGAUUCCCGCAAGAAGCGAUUAGACGGUGUUACAUCGUGUUGUCUACCUGUGCAUGUACGUACCAGCAAUAUAUGGACACAACCAGGUUUUGAGUCGCGUCGGUUGUCCCGAGCCUCCACCAAUACUCAUCGGCAACGACUUUGCGCCUCAGCCCAAAUCUAUACCGCGAUCAGGAUGAUAAGGAAAGACAAUCCACCGCCUGUAUCACGAGGCUUGAAGCCUGCAUACGC